AUGGGUGUAGGGAGCUGUGAGGUGUGUCAAUUGGAAGAUUUCAAGUACAAGUGUCCUAGAUGUCUCAAAAAAACGUGUUGUCUGGAGUGCACGAAGAAACACAAAACGCAAGAUCAUUGCAGUGGUACGGCGUAUGAUCCUGCUACAUAUAUCGCCAGUGAGACACUCAAGGAUGCAGAUACACCGGAUGAGACGAAUAAACUGGUACAGCGGGACUAUAACUUUCUAAUAGGCAUGAAUAGACAGCUCGAGCUGCUCAAAAGAGACGGAAAAACGAAAAAUAAGAGGGCUCUUGUAACUCAGCAUGUUCCACAACAUUUGAAGAGGUCACAUACCGAACAAACGCCGUAUGUAAUCCGGAGAGGCGUACAUUGCUUGCUGCUUCCAAAGGGAAUGCAGAAGUCACUACAAAAUAAGAGCAAAUGGGAUAAACCGCUUGACCAAUUUGUCUGGACAAUCGAGUGGUGUCUACUCGGCCCACAGGGUUCAACAAACUUCUCGCAUAUCAGUCACAGAAAUAAAGAAGAGGACACAUUGAUAGAUUGCAUAGGGAAAAUAGCAUAUGAGAAGUGCUGCGAAAUGUAUGGGGUAAAACAUGAUGCAGAGGAUUCUAACAAGCAGAAACGAAGCGAGGUGUUGCUAUCAAGCGGUGUACGCUUCUACACGAAAUGGUUUCCUCCAGCGACUCAGACUCCUAUCGAUUCCAAGCGUUUAAUAGCUCUCGAUCCUGCAAUGAAGGUUGGUGAGUGCUUCCGGAACAAAACUGUAAUAGAAUUCCCCACAGUGUUUCUCGCUAUGAAUCACGAACCUAUAGGCAGCGAUUUCUCGAUUGUUGAUCAAAAUGGUCUCAUAAUACAUCCAAGUAACGGCGAUACUUCCAGAACUGAUAGUUCAGAAAGUUCGUCUGAGUCAUCACCAUCAUCUUCUGAAGAAUCCAGCGACGACUCUUCGAGCGAUGACGACGAAGCGCCUCCAGAGGAACCUAGCAAGAAAAUAUCUACAAACGACGAAGAGGAUGAAGAAGACGACUACACACCGGGCAUUUCAUUAGAUUUCUUAGCAGACUAA